UUUUUUUUUUGCUUCUUCUUUUUCUUGAGUUUUGUUGCUAUAAUCUCUUUAUUAUCUGCAUUGACACCUUGUUGUUUUUCUUCCUAUAUUACGAUCGUAGAAAGAUCAUUUGUUCUUCUUUUUAUUAACACGAAAUCAAGAGUUUGAGCGUCAUGGCAAUGCAACUUCCUCCCGCAAACGACUUCAAUGCCACUUGGAGUUUCCUGGAAAAUGGACUAGACCAGAUUAUGAACAGGCUUGAAGAGGGUUUAGAUCGUACACGUUAUGCCAUCCUGUACAGUGCUGUGCAUAACUAUUGCGCCCGUGGCAGCCCCUCGGAUACCUAUGGUACUUCUAUCAUUCAACGGGCGACCGCCAAUCUUAUCGGUGCCGAUCUGUACAUCAGCUUGAGCAAAUAUCUGGAAGGCCAUUUAACGACCAUUAGAAUGGAAUCUGAACAGUACAUGGACGAAGCGUUGUUACAAUAUUAUACCAAACAAUGGACACGCUAUACAACCGCUGCUCGUGUAGUAAACAAUAUCUUCAUGUAUUUAAAUCGAUUCUGGGUGAAACGUGAAAUUGAGGAAGACAAAAAGAAUGGUGUCUAUGACGUAUUCACGUUGACGCUGGUGAGCUGGAAGAGACACAUGUUCCAUUACGUCCACCACAACGUAAUUGCGGCGGUUUUGAAACUCAUUGAACGACAACGAAACGGUGAAAUGAUCGAGAUGAAUUUGAUCAAGAAUAUUGUUGAGUCCUUUGUUUCUCUCGGCUUGGACAGCAAUGAUACCACGAGAUCGAAUCUAGACGUGUAUAGAGAGUAUUUCGAAAAGCCAUUCAUUCACGCUACGGAGGUGUACUAUAAGACUGAAUCGGAAAAGUUUAUCAGCGAGAACAGUGUCCCGGAUUACAUGAAGAAGGCUGAGUUACGAUUGGCCGAGGAAGAGAAUCGCGUUCAAAUGUAUCUCCAUGAAUCCACACAUAAACCACUCAUUUCAAACUGCGAAGUGGUGUUGGUGAAGAAUCAUGCAGAGGUCAUCUGGGAAGGUUUUCAGAACUUGCUUAAUUUGGAUAAACAAGAUGAUUUGCAUCGUAUGUAUGCUCUGUUAUCACGUAUACCUGAAGGAUUGGAUCCUUUGCGCGUCAGCUUUGAAGCUCACGUCAAGAAGGCGGGUCUGAGUGCCAUCGAAAGAAUCGCCGCCCAAGAAAAAGAGACAGUGGAUCCCAAGACUUAUGUGGAUGCGCUUUUGGAUGUCCAUCAAAAGUACAACGAUCUCGUCCAGUCUGCCUUUAGUGGUGAGGCAGGGUUCGUGGCAUCCUUAGACAAAGCAUGUGGCGAAUUUGUAAAUAGAAACAAGGUUUGCAAGACCUCGUCAUCGAAAUCGCCCGAACUUCUGGCACGAUUUUGCGAUUCCUUGCUAAAGAAGAGCGCGAAAAAUUCUGAAGAAAACGAAUUGGAAGAUGUCUUGAACAGCACGAUGACGGUAUUCAAAUACGUUGAAGACAAGGAUGUAUUCCAAAAGUUUUACUCAAAGAUGUUGGCGAAGCGUCUUGUUAACGGUACCUCGGCUUCCGAUGAUGCCGAGGGAAGUAUGAUCUCAAAGUUGAAGGAAGCAUGCGGUUUCGAAUAUACUUCCAAACUUCAGCGUAUGCUUACAGACAUGUCUCUAAGUAAAGAGCUGAAUGAUCAAUUCAAAGAUCGAAUGCAACAGAGUUAUGAGACUUCCGGUCCGAACGUGGAUUUCAAUAUUCUCGUUUUGGGUGCUGGCCAAUGGCCUUUGUCUGCUCCAUCAACGCCCUUUAUUUUACCAGAAGAUGUGGUUAAAACAUACGAUCGUUUCACCAAAUUUUAUCAAAACAAACAUUCAGGCCGCAAGUUAAAUUGGCUGUUCCAACUAUCAAAGGCGGAACUAAAGACCAAUUAUCUUAAAGCCAGUAGAACCGGCUAUGCCCUGCAGGUGUCGGCUUAUCAGAUGGGUAUCCUUUUGCAAUAUAACAACGCCACCAGCUAUUCCUACGAAGAAUUACAGAAGAAUACUGGACUUACGCCUGAAGCCAUCAACCCCGCAUUAGGCAUUUUGGUCAAGGCCAAGGUGCUCUUACUAUGCGACAGCGAAAAAGUCGGUGAUGCUGCCAGCCGAUAUGAGCUCAAUUUUGAUUUUAAGAGUAAAAAGGUCAGAAUCAACCUGAACAUGCAGAUGCGAACAGAGCAAAAGGCCGAAACAGAAGAAACACACAAGACCAUUGAAGAAGAUCGAAAGUUCUUGAUGCAGGCUGCCAUUGUUCGUAUUAUGAAGACGCGCAAAGUAAUGAGCCAUAUGACACUGAUGAACGAGGUCAUGAGCCAAUUGCAAUCGCGUUUCCAACCAAGAGUACCCGAUAUCAAAAAAUGCAUUGAUAUUUUGUUGGAGAAAGAGUUUAUUGAACGAGCAGAGGGUCAAAAGGAUAUGUAUAGCUAUGUUGCAUAGAAGGGUGAAUAAACCAUGAUGUUACCCUUGAAUCAAAAAUUUUGCGUCUUGUUGCAGUCGAUAUAAAGCUGUGGUUAAUCCGUAAAAAGUUUUCAUAAAAUCGGUCGACGCCGAUACAAAAUAAAGGGUUGCCGGAUUCACUUUCAU